GGCCCAUCAUCCAAGUUCACUGUUUUCAGGCUGUCGCAUCUCUUCUCUACUCACCAUGUCUGCCCAGAGCAUAGCUCGCUGGAAUGCAAUUCCCAUGUCUCGACCUGAUACAGACACUCAAGAACAAGCACAAUCUGUGCAAAACCAAAUUAAUUCCAUGAAGGUACUCUGCCAUAUUUUCUGGCACGAAUAAAACACCCCUACUGCCCUCCCAUACAUCCAUCCCAGCGCUCUCACCAAGAUGUCGAUGAUGACGACGACGACGGCGUCUCGCUAGUCUCAAGGUCCCCAUCGCCCACCCCUGAUACAAUGGACAUUGAAAAAUAUGACGAAUAUGUCCGCCGUCCAGAAAGGGAGGUUAUCACUGUCGAGACCAAGAUCAAAAGCACCAACAAGGGCUUUGAAAUGCUCGCAAAACUCGGUUGGUCAGAGGGUCAGCCGUUGGGACUAUCGGCAGACGCGCGAGUCGAUCCUAUACCAUUUCAUGUGAAAAAUGAUUUGACUGGUCUAGGAAAGACGACUCAAGAUUUUCGAAUGAUCGAGACAACAGUUGCUGAAAGGCGCAAGUUGGACUCUGAGCGACAACGAAAAGAAACCGAAUAUCAACGAAAAGCACGAGAGGACGACGCCGCCCGUCGGGCUGCACUCAAGUCGGAAAUUUCAGAUACUCUCAAAGCGUUCUACUGUUCGCUUUGUGAGAAGCAAUUCCAGAAUGUCGCACAGUAUGAUGAACAUACAAACUCGUACGCGCAUCACCACAAGGCGCGCCUCCGGGAUAUGCAAGCUAACACACGUAUGACCACCCAAGAAGAUGUCGACAAACGUAAGGAGAAAGAGCGCAAGCGAGAAGAAAAAGAGCUUCGCAAAAUUGCCAAGGCUGCUGGGAUAAAGAUGGCAAAACCUACAACUACAUCAACUUUCGCGCCUCCUGCACAGACACCUGCUACUGCAGAGGUGCCACUUCCCUCUGAGGCACAAUCAAGCAGCUUCAAGAAAGCUGGCUGGGCAACCGUUUCAGCACCAGUUGAACCUGCGACUAGUUUCAAGCGGUCAGGUGGGGCGUCCUUGGAUUCCAAUGCCUCUACGCUUUCCGCCCCAUUUCCAUCCCCACCACUGCCAGUGGUUAGUCCGCCCCCAGCUUCUCGCAGCGCAGCUACACCAACAUUUCGCACCGGUGGCUGGACAUCUCUUGACGUCGGCAGCUCUCAGUCAGUUACCCCGCCCCCUCCCAACAACACUGCAGUGCCACCACCUCCGCCACCCAAUGUAGCCCCGCCACCUCCCCCAGUUACUCCUAUGAAUGCGCCCCCUCUACGUGGUCGGCCUCCAUUACCGCCAGCAAAUGUGCGUCCACCUAGCGUACCUCCCCCUCCCUGCAUGCCUCCGCCCAGUGGGCCACCUCCCCUCCCUCCCACAACAGGCGGCUGGGGACCUGCUGCGCUUGUCUCAGAUUCUAGGAGACGAGAUCAGAGUUUUGCUCCUGUGCCGACGUUCUCCCAACCCGCGCCUCCGGUAGUAGCCGCCCCACUUACAUCAACCAGUCUAAAGGCUGCAGUUCCCCCGCCUGCUGCUCCACAAGCAAGAUCAGGCUGGCAGCAGUGGAAGCAAGGUUCUGGAUCGAAACGGAGAUAGAGUACAUACGUGCAUCCCUGUCAUUUACUAUGCUAAUUAUGUGUCAUGUUGCUCAACUAUUGGGCAUCUGCGAAAUGUAAGGACGGAGUUUUUGGUUCCGCGGAAGCACCGGCAUUCACUCUUCACUCGCUUGGCAAUCGGGACGUAACCACUUGAACUUCGCCGCCCACCUGAUCUUGCCGGUGUCAGCCUUAUUGCCAGCUGCUCAACCGCAGGCGGCCCUGAACCGUCAGUGUUUCGUGA